AUGUCAGAUCAGAAUGACCCAACACUCUCGCCUCCCCUCCGUCCAUUCCGAACCAAAGAUGACCUGGACGAGGAAGACAAGGACGAACUGGAAAUUCUGAUAGAUCGGCUCACACUCUCCUGCGAUAACUUGGCAAAAGCUAAACCGGCCGGCACCAGAAGACGAUUUGGUAGAGAUGACAGAAAAGACCUCGAGACCGACCUGGAAAAUUUGUUUGUUUUGCUCAACGACUGGUUGUCCAGACCAAGAGCCAGCACUACAGCGAAAAUUCAGAUAUCAGAGAAAGCCAAGAAGUCCAGCCUUCAACUUUUUUUUCUUCUCGAGACAUACGAGAUCGUUACAGGUGCAGGCAUUGUUCUAGGUGAUGACUUCGUCGAGAAGAUCUUCUCGGCGGCUGUCGACUUCGUGGCGGCUCUGGAGCUGGAAGAAGUACUCUUGGACAACGGAGAAAUGUGGAAACCUGCCUCCAUUGAGCGAUGGGAACCGAGCGUGCACGGCCACGAACAAGAACACUUUUCCUUUUCAGCACCAACACCGGAAGAGGCGGCAAGAGAGAGAGAGGAGGCGAGAGCGAGAAUUGAGAGAUUGUUGCAGGAGCAACAGCGCAGCCUACCUCGGCCAGUCAUCAUGGAUCGAAUUGAUGUCCACACAGACACAGUCAAGAAGAAGAUCACAGACAUAUCAAAGGAGCAGGUGAACAAGGAGGCACACUAUCAUGGCAUGCUCGGGAAGAAGUGGCUUGAAACAGCCCAAGAGCGGCUAGAGAAUUUGGGCCGGGUGGAGAUCGCGGCGAACGAAGAGCCCGAUGAAACCUUGGCCGUCGAUCACGAUCGUGCUGGAACGCCAGAUGACGAUGAUUUGUUGAGAUAUCCAGAUGCGGAUUACGUUCCUAGAAAGGAGGAGUAG